CCCUACCCAGCUCCCUUCUGUCCAAGAGCCCAGAGCAAGGAGCUGCUAAUCUCCCACCUCAAAGGGGCCCUGGGCUGCUGAGAGACAUGAUUUCAAGUGCCACCACAAACGGGCCCCGUCCCAGGCUGUAACUACUGUCUUUGGGAAGCAAACAGAUUCUACAGUCACCGUCUGAGCCAGGAACUGCAGCAAACUCGCUUCUGAGGGAAUAUCCUGCCCGAGGGAACAGUGUCAUCAGAGGGGCUCGUUUUAUUCUGUCAUUGUACAGCGCUUUGGUCAUGGAAGAACUGCCUAUUCCGAGACCUGCUGUAAUCCCAGACAGAACAAGGAGAAGAGCUGCAGGUCCGAUAUGCAAGGCCGUGAGGCGAUCGUGAGCAGUGCCCACAUAGCAGGUGAUGGGAUGCCGAGAAAGAAUGAGGAGCAGAAGCCCCUGCAUGAAGCCCCUGAGGUGGUGGAGCCUCCCAUGACUUUAUCCACAAGAUCCCAGAGCCCUGAGUGGGGAGGUGUCUGUGAGACUCGGUGCGGAUCAGAAAAGCGGCAGAGGAACCCGCUGGCACAGAGCCGGGGUAAAUCUGCUCGGGUGGGCGAUGGCCUCACCCACCAGGAGAGACCAAAUACGUGCAUGGACUGCGGGAAGAGCUUCAACAAGAGCUCGUCUCUGAUUAUCCAUCAGAGAACCCACACAGGGGAGCGGCCCUAUGCCUGCCCCGAGUGCGGGAAACGCUUCACCCAGAGCUCCACUUUCCUGCGGCACCAGCGGAUCCACACUGGCGAACGGCCCUAUGACUGCGCCGAGUGCGGAAAGAGCUUCCGGGUGAGCUCCCACCUGGUCCGGCACCAGCGGAUCCACACGGGGGAGCGGCCUUACGUGUGCACUGAAUGCGGGCGGAGCUUCAGCGUCAGCUCCCACCUGGUGCAGCAUCAGCGGAUGCACACGGGCGAGCGGCCCUACCGCUGCGCCUGCGGGAAGAGCUUCAGCCUGAGCUCCCACCUCAUGCAGCACUGGACCAUCCACACGGGCGAGCGGCCCUACCAGUGCGCCCAGUGUGGGCGGAGCUUCUCCAUGAGCUCCGCCCUCAUUAGGCACCAAAGACUCCAUGCGGCGGACGAGCCCCGCCAGUGCGCCCAGUGUGGGAAAAGCUUCAGCCGCGGCUCGGAGCUGAGCGAGCACCAGAAGAUCCACACGGGGGAACGGCAGCAUGAGUGUGCCCAGUGCGGGAGGAGCUUCGGCGCAAGGUCCAAUCUCCUCCAGCAUCAGCGGACCCACGCGGGCGAGAGGCCCUACACCUGUGCCCACUGUGGGCGGAGCUUCAGCCGAAGCUCAAACCUUAUUACACACCAGAGAAUCCACACAGGCUAAGAGCCUGGCCCAUGUGAAAACCAUGGGCCGACAGUUACAGGCCACAUCCCAUCCAAGACAUGGGCAUUCUCUUCUUGGGGCAUGUGGAGCUCUUUCCCACUCAUAUGCUGCUCUUGGGAUGCGGUGGGGUGAAAAGACAAUGAGGAGAUGUUGUGGGAAGGGAUCUUUUGGGAUACAAGGUAACCAGGAAAGGAGGCAGAAGUGGGUGUUGUUGGUGAGUCAUGAUGGGUCACUUGCUGGAGGAUUUUCUGCCGCUCGAGGUCUUCAAAUCACAAUUUGAGGACUUCAGUAACUCAG